CUCAAGUAAGAUAACAGCAAUUGCGUUCUUGAUUCAAUCUUGAUUCAGAUUAUUUUUUUUAUCUAAGUAAACAUGUCAUAGAUACACCAGUCAUUCAUUGAAACCACAUAAGUACUUGCUGUGCAUACCUUCACACACAUACACCUACCGAUCUGUUCAUGAUGAAAUCCAGUGCCAAGGUUAUUUCAAGUUUUGUUCUCUUCUUUGCAACAUUCAUUAUUGGAAUUUUACCCCAUGGGAUACUGAAGUUCUUGGAAAGUAAACUUUCCAAAAGCAGACGUUAUCAGCACUACAUCAGCAUACUGAACUGUUUCGCGGGAGGUGUAUUUUUUGCUACCGCCAUUCUUCAUUUGAUUCCAGAAUCCACUGAACUGUUGGAGGGAGUGUUCACAAUGAAAUACCCCGUCUCCGGUGCGCUGUCUGGUGUAGGAUUUUUUCUUCUUUUGUUUAUCGAACAUCUUAUAGGAGCCUGCAGAAGCCAUCGCAUCUCUGCAGAAAACACCAAAGUUUACGUAAACAACAUUGAACUAACAAAAGUUACAAGCAAUGAAGGUCAGGAAAUCAAGCCAAAUGACAACAUGUCGGACAAAAACAAAAGUUUAAAUACUUUGUCUGGAAAAGAAACAAUUGAGAUCGAGUCAGAACUCCAAAACAGCUUUGAACAAAAGAGUGCUCUGUCCAAACUCAGAGCUCUUGUUCUUGUGCUAGCUUUCUCGUUCCACAUGAUUUUCGAGGGCCUCGCUUUGGGGUUGGAGCGUACCGAGUCCGGAGUGUGGAGUCUUCUGGGAAUUCUCGCCCUCCAUAAGUGUGUAGUAGCCUUCAGCGUGGGUCUCCAGCUCAGUGAGAGUCUGCAGACGUUAAAAUCCGUCAUGACGUCACUGUUGGUAUUUUCAGCCGUGGCUCCGGUGGGAGUAGUUAUUGGUUUCUUAGUGACGGAAUAUGGAGACAGUGAACUUACGCAGAAAAUCGCAGCCGGGGUGCUCCAGAGUUUAGCCACGGGGACUUUUUUCUACGUGACUUUUUUCGAGAUUUUGCAAAAAGAAUUAACACAGGGUCAUAAUCUUUAUAACGUGUUCUACACUGUACUGGGUUUUUCAGCAGUGGUUGGUGUGGAAUUCCUGCAUGAUAGCGAAUAGCGAUGGUUUGAAGAAACCUCUAGCUACGUGUAUCCCAUGAUCAGGGCAGCAUUAUGAUUAUACCAAUAAGACAUUUCAUUGCUAACGAACAGGCCCGUGGGCUGGGAUAUCAGGGACUACUUCAUAUUGAAUACAUGGGGGAAAUUGGACUUUUUCGCCAUCUGUCAGGAGUUAAACCAAUUUGAACACCGCGUAACGUACACUUGUACACUUAGCUUGAUUCCGUGCAGAUUGACUUAGCUACAUUUUUUAUCAGAGUGAAUGGCGGAAGAAAAUGAGAAGAUGACAAUGCGUGUUAUUUGGUAAACUUUGUAAUCACUAUAUAGGAAUGUUACACUCCAGUCAAGGAGGAUGUUCAUUUCCUGUCUAAAAGCAUUUGCAUGUUGUAGGACCAUUUCUAUAUAGUAAAUUAUGUUUCUCAUG